CGCCUACUUCCUCCAUCUCUUUCACCUCUUUUUCUUUAUCUCUCUGUCUUUCUCACUGGUUAAGACAAGGUUUGUGUAAAGUCGUAUGAUAAAUACAGGUAUAGUCUUGAUUUUGAAAGUCUUUUUUGUUUUUUUUGACGAUGCACCUCGGUGCAGAGGCAGCAUACUGUACUGCUGAAGAAUAAUCGGCUUAAAGAGCUGGAAACAUCGACUUGUUGAAGCAGCUGCUAGUUGCGGAGGUUUCCGGGCUUGGAUGACAGCCAGGCAGCAGUGAGUGGCCACAUCCUCCAUCAGCGCAGCCAUGCCGCCCCCAGCAGACAUUGUGAAGGUGGCCAUCGAGUGGCCGGGGGCCUUUCCCAAACUUAUGGAGAUUGACCAGAAAAAGCCCCUUUCAGCUAUCAUUAAAGAAGUGUGUGACGGGUGGAACUUGCCAAACCCUGAAACCUAUUCCCUGCAGAAUGCUGACUCGACUAACUUCUACAUCACUGAAAAGAAUCGCAACAACAUCAAAAACGGCUCUAUUCUGCGGCUUACUACAUCUGCUGCCCAGAUGGCCCAGCAGCUGCAUGAGCGCAUCCAGUCGUCCAGCAUGGACAUGAAGCUGGACGCUCUGAAGGAUCUGGCCAACUCUUCACGAGACAUCACCUUUGCUCAGGAGUUCAUCAACCUUGACGGCAUCUCGCUGCUUACACAGAUGGUCGAGAGCGGCACAGAGCGGUAUCAGAAACUUCAGAAGAUAAUGAAACCCUGCUUUGGUGACCUGCUCUCCUUCACACUGACGGCCUUCGUGGAGCUCAUGGACCAUGGCAUUGUCUCCUGGGACACCUUCUCUGUGGCCUUCAUCAAGAAGAUUGCCAGUUAUGUGUGUAAAUCUGCCAUGGACACUGCUGUACUCCAGAGAUCUCUAGCCAUCUUGGAAUCAAUGGUGCUCAACAGUCAAGAUCUCUACCAGAAGGUGGCUCAAGAAAUCACCAUUGGCCAGCUCAUCCCUCAUCUGCAAGGGACGGAUCAGGACAUCCAGACUUACACUAUCGCCGUGAUUAAUGCAUUGUUUCUCAAAGCCCCUGAGGAGAAGAGACAGUUUGAUGAGGACAAUGUGAACAUCCUUGAUUGUCCUCUUACAGAGAUGGCUCAUAUUCUAGCACAGAAGCAGCUGCGCUCAAUCAUCCUCAGUAAUGUGAUCAGGAGUAACAAACCCAUAAAUGAUGAGAUGGCACACCAGCUCUAUGUGCUGCAAGUCUUGACUUUUAACCUUUUGGAGGACCGCAUGAUGACGAAGAUGGACCCUCAAGACCAGGCUCAGAGGGACAUCAUCUUCGAGCUGCGCAGGAUUGCUUUUGACGUUGAGUGUGAGUCCAACAACAGCGGCAGCAUUGAGAAGCGCAAGUCCAUGUACACACGAGACUACAAAAAACUGGGCUUCAUCAAUCAUGUGAAUCCUGCGGUGGACUUCACUCAGAUUCCUCCUGGGAUGCUGGCUCUGGAUAACAUGCUUUAUUUCGCCAGGCACCAUCAGGAUGCUUAUAUCAGGAUUGUACUGGAGAACAGCAGUCGUGAGGAUAAACACGAGUGUCCGUUCGGUCGCAGUAGCAUUGAACUGACGAAGAUGCUGUGUGAGAUUCUCAAAGUCGGAGAACUUCCCAGCGAGAACUGCCAUGACUUCCACCCCAUGUUUUUCACCCACGACCGUUCGUUUGAGGAGUUCUUCUGCAACUGUAUCCAACUCCUCAACAAAACCUGGAAAGAGAUGAGAGCCACUUCUGAAGACUUCAAUAAGGUGAUGCAGGUGGUGAAGGAACAGAUCACUCGUGCUCUCACGAUCAAGCCUAACUCUCUGGAUCAGUUUAAAAGUCGUCUGCAAAAUCUGAGCUACACUGAGAUCCUCAAAUUGCGCCAAUCCGAAAGGAUGAACCAGGAGGAUUUCCAAUCCCGGCCCAUCCUGGAGCUUAGGGAGAAAAUCCAACCAGAGAUCAUGGAGUUGAUCAAACAGCAACGCCUCAAUCGCCUGUGUGAGGGCACCUGCUUCAGGAAGAUCAGCAGCCGAAGGAGACAGGACAAGUUCUGGUACUGUCGAUUGUCGCCCAAUCAUAAAGUUCUCCACUACGGGGAUUUGGAGGAGAGCCCUCAGGGAGAGGUACCCCAUGAUUCCCUACAGGACAAACUUCCUGUGGCUGACAUCAAAGCUGUUGUCACUGGUAAAGAUUGUCCACACAUGAAGGAAAAGGGAGCUCUGAAGCAGAACAAGGAGGUGCUGGAGCUGGCUUUCUCUGUCCUCUACGAGUCUGAUGAGUAUCUAAACUUCAUUGCCCCUGACAAGCACGAGUACUGUGUGUGGACAGAUGGGCUGAAUGCACUGCUGGGGAAGGAGAUGACCAGUGAGUUCACUCGUUCAGACAUGGACACUCUUCUCAACAUGGAAAUGAAGCUCCGCCUCCUGGACCUGGAGAACAUCCAGAUCCCUGAAGUUCCUCCCCCAAUCCCCAAAGAGCCAAGCAAUUAUGACUUUGUUUAUGACUGCAACUAAUCCCCUUUCACUGGACUGACUGAUUUUUCGUAAAUGCAUACUGAAAGAAAGACUUUUACAAAAAGUUAAAGAAAUGAAAAAAAAACGGAGAACUCUUUCCUGCUAAAACUUGGCUCUCUAAUACGCCUCAUCACAAUGGAUUUGCUGAACUUAAUGGACUUGGCUUGCAAGGCCUAUGAACCAUCUGGUCUGGUUGAAGAACCACCACACACUGGUCCUCAGGUCCUAAACCACUCUAGUCCUGUUGCAGUCAUUUCCAGUCAUCUCUUCAAACAGUUACAUUCCUCAAACAAGCCCACCUUCUCUGGUUAAAAAAUGGUUGUCACGAAUUUUCGUCCCAUCAUAAUUUCUGGCUGUUCGGAGUGGGAUGCUCCCUGUAGAGUGUGCAAAAAGUCUAGGGGAUUGUGGCAUGUAGCACUCACUGUAGUAUGUUUCUCACUCCAACAAGCGGCAGCUAUAUUGCUAGCGAAGUCCAAGUUUGUUCUUAAUGAUUUCUCCAAGUAUCCCAUUCAUGCCUCUUAUACUGUAGACUGUUAAAUUAAAUAGGCAGCUUCAUGCAAGAGGUUGCCUUUUUUUUUGUCUUAAACCAUACCUGCUUUGUGCGUACAUUGUCUGACUAUAACGCAGGCGUGUAGAUAUAGCUCUUUCCUUCACUUGACACCAACCAGACUCAUGGCAGACUGCUGUAACAUUCCAAAGCAAUAUUGAGCUUCUGUUUUUGUAAGCUGGUAUAAACUUUUGUGAUAUUCGUGAUUGCUGCCAAGUAGUCAGUAUUAUACAUUUCUGUGUGUUAAGGAAUUUUGUUUUUCAGGGCCGUCAAAUUUCAUUUGAACUUUCAUGAUUAAUUUAAUUUAAGAUUGUGGGUAUUAUAAUUAUGAUUUAUGAUUUUUCUCCCCUCAUGUUUGUUAUAGGUUUAAAAAUGCAACAUCCUGCUGUUUACAUUAAAGAUGGAUUCCAAUUCA